AUGUCUGAAUCUCCGAGCUCGCAGCAACGCUCUGCGUUGAGUUUACUUUCGCUGUCUGUGGCUGCGGCGAGCGCAGCACCGAUACCUGUCCCUCAAGACCAGCAGGCCUCAAGUGGCGACGAUUCGCUCUCGACGUCUGUAGGCCGUGGUGGAAGCUUGGGGGUUAGUAACGGAGGUACCACAAAGCAACAUAGACGGCUGGCCUCGACAGGGAAGGCGCGCAGACGAUUGAGCGAUGCGAGGGACGCAGCGGCAAGACCAUCAAGUCUAACGGCCCUAUCGUUGGCCUCUCUUUCGCUCUCAACCUCGACCGACACGGCGUUGGCUUCGCCUCUAGAAGAUUCCUACCCGGUGGCCGUUAUUGGGGAUCGUCAGCAUGACUCAGAUACCGCUUUGUCAACUUCCGUCCCGGAUAACCUGAACAGCGCUUUGGCUACUCCUAUCACCAUUGGCAAGAAUGGCAAGAAGCGGGGUAUGGACUACAAAUGCGAGAGCUGUUCAAAGAUAUACAGACAUCCUUCGUGCCUAAUCAAGCAUCGCUGGGAGCAUACCCCGCAAUGGCGCGAGGCUUCCAAGUUUGUGCUGAGCAAACAUCAGCAAGUACAGUUGCUGGAGGCCGCAGCAAUUUUGUCCCACAUGUCGCCGGGCGCUACUGGGACGUCCUUGCCCGAUGAUCGCUCUCUCUGGCCAGCAUUCCUUUCUGGCAGUCCAGUAGCACAACCUCCGCCACCGGAGAAUGCUCCGGGUGCGACGUCUACCCAUGAGCCGACUCGUCCCAUUUCAAGCUCUGUCCCCGCCGCUAGCGCUUUGGGUUCGAUAACGCGUGCUGGAUCGACAGGUCCGCGGCUUCACGACUACUCCAUUCCCGCAUCGGCUGCAGUCUCUGGUAGCAUCACCCAAGUCCGCCCCGGACUUGUUGGUGUAUCCACCACGACCAAUGCACAAACUCGGCCAGUGCCAGUGCCGAAUAACAACAGCGCUUUUACGACGUAUCGCACUGUCAGCGCGAGUGCUGAUUCGUGGGGUUCGCCUUACAGUCCGGUUGCGAUCGGUCACGGAAUUCACGGCCCAUCACAGUCAGGAAUUCGGUCGACUUCGGGCUCGGCGUCGCAUUCCUAUUAUACUCGAUCAGCAGAUGGAGGAGGAGGAGGAUGGUCUUUGCCUCGAUCUUCGUUGCGCUCGAUUUCUCGGUCGUCGCCAUCCCAGCGCUCCAGAUCUGACUCUGCUAGUAUGGAUGAGGACGAAAGCGUGGAAGUAGAUGUUGAUGGAUUAGGCUUUGCUGGACGUGGUAGAAGGAACUGGAAGGGCGAGGACGAUGAAUUCAGUAUUGGAUUCAGCGUCAAGGAGGAAGAUGAAGAGAAGAAGCAAGAUACGUGGGACGGCAUGGAGAUGGAGAUGGAUAUGGACUAA